UGCUUGCGUAUGGGAGUCGGCUGUUUUCAGCUGUUUUAUUCAUGUCUACAAAGUCGGAGCGCUAUUUACAGUGAUGUCCAAUUCACACAGUGGACGGCAGGAGUAGCAGCAACAUGGCUGCUGAUGACAAGUCGUCGUCCUCAUCCUCAACAGACUGGAGCGUCGAGCCGCCUGUCAUCUCGCCCACCAGCCCCUCCCACCUGACCCACUUCAAACCACUGACUCCGGAGCAGGAUGAGCCUCCUCUCCGCUCCGCAUACAGCUCGUUUGUCAACCUGUUUCGUUUCAACAACAAAGAGGAGGGGCGUCCCCCCUCAGCAGCAGGUUCAGAUAAGCCAGAUGUGCCGCCCCCCUCUCCUCAGUCAGAGGGGAGGAGCUGGUCGUCCAGUCCUUCCCACUCCCUCUACGGCUCGAGGACGCGCCGGAAACAACAUCCUGAACACCUCCGACGUACCUCCACUGCCUCCGUGGAUUGGCCAGACGGCAGCAGGAAGUCGGAUACGCCUCUAAGCAAUCAUGACCCUCGCACAGCUGUGCAACUUCGGACUGCACUGAAGAGGCUGAAGGAAAUCAUGGAGGGAAAGAGCCAGGACAGUGAUUUGAAGCAGUACUGGAUGCCUGAUAGCCAGUGUAAAGAGUGCUACGACUGCAAUGAGAAGUUCACCACCUUCCGCCGCCGACACCACUGUCGACUGUGCGGUCAGAUCUUCUGCAGCCGCUGCUGCAACCAGGAAAUCCCCGGAAAGUUCAUGGGCUACACGGGAGAUCUACGUGCCUGCACGUACUGUCGUAAAAUAGCGCUAAGCUACGCUCACUCAGCCGACUCGGGCUCCAUCGGGGAGGACCUGAGCGCCCUGUCCGACUCCCCCUGCUCUGUGUGUGUGUUGGAGCCCAGCGAGCCUCGGACACCUGUGGGUGGGCGCAAGGCCAGCAGGAACAUAUUCCUGGAGGAAGACCAGACCUGGCAGAGAAAAACUCCUAUUGGGAUGAGAAAGAAUAUGAUUCACCAGGAGCCUCAGAGCAGCGGCCUCGCUUCCAGACUUACAACUCUGCAGGAAGACGUCGGCAAAUCGCCCGCAAGGAAGAGAUCCGCCAGCGUGACCACCCUGUCGCUGGACCGCUCCGGAUCCUCCAUGGUUCCCUCCUACGACAGCUCAGUGAGUCCGCCGACCAGCCGGGCCAUGUCGGGCACCAAGAGCGGCGCCAAGCUGGACCACAGCGAGGAGGAGAGGAAGAUCCUGCUGGACUCCUCCCAGCUGAAAGACCUGUGGAAGAAAAUCUGCAACAACAGCACAGGGAUGGAGUUCCAGGACCACAGGUACUGGCUGAGGACCUACCCCAACUGCAUUGUGGGAAAGGAGCUUGUCAACUGGCUGCUGAGGAACGGCACCAUCUCCACCAGGGCCCAGGCGAUCGCCAUCGGUCAGGCGUUGGUGGACGGUCGCUGGCUGGACUGUGUCACCCACCACGACCAGCUGUUCAGGGACGAGUACGCUCUCUACCGCCCCCUCCAGAGUACAGAGUUCUCAGAAACGCCGUCUCCAGAUAGCGAUAGCGUCAACUCCUUGGAGGGACAUUCAGAGCCAUCCUGGUUCAAGGACAUCAAGUUUGAUGACAGUGACACUGAGCAGCUUGCAGAUGAGGCCGAGUACAACAUGCCUAACUCUGCCAGCCCCAGCAAGAGGACGUCCGUCAGCAGCUUCCAGUCCGUGGUCGACAGCGACUCAGCCGCCUCCAUCAACCUCAACAUGGAGCAAAACAAUGUCAACUUCCACAUUAAGAAACAGUCCAAGUAUCCACACGUGCCUCCUGCCGCUGACCAGAAAGCUGAGUUUCUUGUGUCUGAGGAUGGAGGUCAGAACAUUGUCAUAAGUGACGCCUUCAUCAAAGAGUCUCUGUUCAACCGGCGCGUGGAGGAAAAGGCCAAAGAGAUGCUGUUCACGCCGCUGGGUUGGCACCACAGCUCUCUGGACCAGCUCAGAGAGGAGAACGGAGAGAAGAAGGCCAUGGAGAGGCUGCUCUCGGCCAACCACAGCCACAUGAUGGCGCUGCUGCAGCAGCUGCUCUACAGCGAGUCUCUGUCUCUGUCCUGGAGGGACAUCAUCGUCCCCGUGGUUCGACAGGUGGUCCAGACCGUGCGGCCCGACGUCCGCAACUGCGACGACGACAUGGACAUCCGACAGCUGGUCCACAUCAAGAAGAUCCCCGGGGGCAGGAAGUUUGACUCAGCUGUGGUAAACGGCUUCGUAUGCACCAAAAACAUCGCCCACAAGAAGAUGAACCCCUACAUCAAGAACCCCAAGAUUCUGCUGCUGAAGUGCUCCAUAGAGUAUCUGUACAGAGAGGAGACCAAGUUCACCUGCAUCGACCCCAUCGUGCUGCAGGAACGAGAGUUUUUGAAGAACUACGUCCAGCGCAUCGUCGACGUCCGUCCCACCCUGGUACUGGUGGAGAAGACGGUGUCCCGCAUCGCUCAGGACAUGCUGCUGGAGCACGGCAUCACACUGGUCAUCAACGUCAAACCGCAAGUCCUGGACAGAGUGAGCCGCAUGACGCAGGGAGACCUGGUCAUGUCCAUGGACCAGCUCCUCACCAAACCUCGACUGGGGACCUGCCACAAGUUCUACAUGCAGCCGUUCACCCUGUCCAACAACGAUGCGAAGACUCUGAUGUUCUUCGAGGGCUGUCCCGCUCACCUCGGCUGCUCCAUCAAGCUGCGCGGUGCCUCGGAGUACGAGCUGGCCCGGGUGAAGGAGAUCAUCAUGCUCAUGGUGUGCGUGGCCUACCACUCCCAGCUGGAGAUCUCUUUCCUCAUGGACGAGUUCGCCAUGCCGCCCAGUUUGGCCCAGAGCACCUCGUUCCCCUGCCUGCUGGAGGGCGCCUCUGCGGAGGAGGAGGAGGAGGCCGAUGGAGAGACGAGCGGGAAGGAGACAAACGGGGAGAGCCAGGAGAAAACCUCAGCGACCGAAGACUCUGGGAUGGGAGGAAAACCCGAGGAGGAAGGGCUUCCCUCCGAGGCUUCAUCCAGAAACGGAGAGACAGACGUUGUUCAAGACAAACUGAACUCAAAAUCACCCUCCUCUGUUCAAGAGGAGGAGGCUGGGAACACGGAGACAAUGACCUCCUCGCCAUUUUCCAGUCCACCGGCUCCGCCUGUGGUUGUCUCUCCCCCAUUUCUCAUGGAAGAAGACCAGGAGAUGACGCUGUCGGACUCGCUCGUCCGGGCGUCCGAGGGGGAGACGAGGGAGGAGGGAAUCCCACUGAAGGAGGAGUCGCUCAUGGAGGAUGGGGACGGUUCAGAGACGCCUACCCCCAGGUUGUUUCGAGACCCUCUGCAGGACGACACAGGGAUGUUUGUGGCCGAGGAGGUGACGUCAUCUGAUGACCGCCUCAAGUCCAUCUCCGCCGUCUUCAAGCAGGAGCUGAAGGACAUCAUCCUGUGCAUUUCUCCCUUCAUCACAUUUAAAGAGCCGUUCCUCCUCAUGCCCGCGGGCAUGCACUGCCCCAGCAGGGAUUACUUCCCUGAGCAGGUCUACCUGUCUCCUCUCCUAAACAAAGACUACAAGGAACUGGAUGGGCGCAGAAAGAGGCAGCUCCUUAAAGACCCCGCCCCCUCCUCCCUGGCCGGAGGUCAGACCAAUGGCGGUGCGCCGCCCAGGCCCAUCGACGUCCUGCCCUGCCACAGUCUCACCAGCACCCGCAUCAUAGAGCAGCUCAACAGCUGCCAGGAUCUGGCCAAAAUGGUGGCAGACUACAGAGCGAAGGGAGGUCGCAUCCGGCAGAGGGAAGCCACCGACAUCUUCAGCGCUGCCGGCGCCGCAGCUCCUUUCAACGGCCAGAGCAGAGCUGCGGAGGUCAAAGCACCGGUGAAGGCCGACAGUGAAGAGGAGAAGCCAAGCAAACUGAACGACAUGAGCUGGGCCCCCAAGCUGGACUGUCUGAACCCUGUCAACCACCAGAGACUGUGUGUGCUCUUCAGCAGUUCCUCCGCUCAGUCCAACAACGCGCCCAACCCCUGCGUCAGCCCGUGGAUUGUCACAAUGGAGUUCUACGGCAAGAACGACCUUUCUCUUGGCGUGUUCUUGGAGCGAUACUGUUUUAGGCCGUCUUAUCAGUGCCCCAGCAUGUUCUGUGAGACUCCCAUGGUGCACCACAUCCGGCGGUUCGUGCACGGCAGCGGCUGCGUGCAGAUCGUGUUGAAGGAGCUGGACUCCCCCGUGCCCGGUUAUCAACACACCAUUCUCAACUACUCCUGGUGCCGCAUCUGCAAACAGGUGACACCGGUUGUUCCUCUGUCCAACGACUCCUGGUCCAUGUCUUUCGCCAAAUACCUGGAGCUUCGCUUCUACGGCCACCAGUACACCAGACGGGCUAACGCGGAGCCGUGCGGCCACUCCAUCCACAAAGACUACCACCAGUACUUCUCAUACAACCAGAUGGUGGCCUCCUUCAGCUACACUUCAGUGAGGCUGUUGGAGAUUUGUCUUCCUCGUCCCAAGAUCUUCAUCAGGAACCUGGGACCUUCCAAAACCAUCCUGCAGCAGGACCUGAAGGACUUCUGUCAGAAAGUGACUCAGGUGUACUUGGCCAUAGAUGACCGCCUCACCUCCCUCAAGACCGACACCUUCAGCAAGACACGAGAGGAAAAGAUGGAGGACCUCUUCGCUCAGAAAGACAUGGAGGAGGCGGAGCUGCGGAGCUGGAUCGAGAAGCUCCAAGCCCGACUGCAGGCCUGCGGAGUGGACUCUCCCCAGCAGCUGCAGGUCGUUCUGGAGUCGCUGGUGAUGAAGAAACAGGGUCUGUGUGAGAUGCUUCAGUCCUGGAAUGGAAGGCUGCAGGACUUGUUCCAGCAGGAGAAGGGCAGGAAGCGUCUGUCCGUCCCCCCCAGCCCAGGCAGGCACAGACAAACCAACGCAGACGACAGCAAGAGCGCCCUGGAUUCCUCCCCCCGUAACCCGUCUCCUGUGGUGCAGAAUGGUGAAAAAGAGGACCGUCACCUCAGCGCGAUGACUUCAGCCUCCUCCUCCUCGCUGCUGCCGUCGCCGGGAGAACCCGGAGCUGAGCCGGUCACACCUGGUCCCUCCUUCUCUGAGCAGGACUCCGUCAGCCUCCCAGAGGACGUGUUCGACGGACACCUGCUGGGCUCCACUGACAGCCAGGUGAAGGAGAAAUCCACCAUGAAGGCCAUCCUCGCCAACUUUCUGCCCGGCAACAGCUACAACCCCAUCCCCUUCCCAUUUGACCCGGACAAACACUACCUGAUGUACGAACACGAGCGAGUGCCCAUCGCAGUGUGUGAGAAAGAGCCGAGCUCCAUCAUCGCCUUCGCUCUCAGCUGUAAGGAAUAUAAAACGGCUCUGGAUGAUCUGUCCAAGAUAUCGAACUCAGGAGGGGAUGAGACUCCACAGUCCGUCAGUACGGAGAGUCGGGCUAAGAGCAGCCCUGCCAGGCCCAGCGAGUCGGCCUCCUCCCAGCAGAGCCGCAGCAGCAUGGACACCGAUCCCCUCAAGGACGCAGACCUGGCCGACAAACAGAAGAAACAGACCUUGAAUCCGCACAUCGAGCUGCAGUUCUCCGAUGCCAACGCCAAGUUUUACUGCCGGAUCUACUACGCCGAGGAGUUCCACAAGAUGCGCGAGGAGAUCAUGGAGAGCAGCGAGGAGGACUUUGUCCGCUCGCUGUCCCACUGCGUCAACUGGCAGGCUCGCGGCGGGAAGUCCGGAGCUGUUUUCUACGCCACAGAAGAUGACCGGUUCAUCCUGAAGCAGAUGCCCAGACUGGAGGUCCAGUCCUUCCUGGACUUCGCACCUCACUACUUCACCUACAUCACUGGAGCUGUGCAGCAGAAACGGCCGACCGCGCUGGCAAAGAUCCUGGGCGUUUACCGGAUCGGCUACAAGAACUCCCAGAACAACACGGAGAAGAAACUGGACCUGCUGGUGAUGGAGAAUCUCUUCUAUGGACGCAAGAUGGCUCAGGUGUUUGACCUCAAAGGGUCGCUGAGGAACCGGAACGUGAAGACGGACUCGGGGAAGGAAAGCUGCGAGGUGGUUCUGCUGGAUGAAAACCUCCUGAAGCUGAUCCACGACAACCCGCUGUACAUCCGCUCGCACUGCAAAGCCAUCCUGCGGGCCGCCAUACACAGCGACGCCUACUUCCUGUCCAGCCACCUCAUCAUCGACUACUCCCUGCUGGUGGGGCGGGACGAUGCCACCGAUCAGCUGGUGGUCGGGAUCAUAGAUUAUAUCAGGACGUUUACCUGGGACAAGAGGCUGGAAAUGGUCGUCAAAUCCACUGGAAUUCUGGGAGGUCAAGGGAAGAUGCCCACCGUCGUCUCUCCGGAGCUGUACCGAACUCGUUUCUGCGAGGCCAUGGACAAAUACUUCCUGAUGGUACCGGACCACUGGACCGGCCUGGGCAUCAACUGCUGAGCGGUGCGUGCAGAGACCCGACACACACACGCACACACACACACACACACACACACACACCUCUGCUCCCUCUCAGACUCUCUAUGCACAAGAUCCAGUUUGGUGGACGGAGGCCUCAGUGAUGUGAGAACUGUUCGACCCACCAGAGACGCAGAAGCACACUGGACGUUGUAAAUGUUUGAAUAUUGUGCAGCCUGAAGCCCGACCAGAACACAGCACAGUAUCAUUCCACAGGAGCAGUGCCACUCUGUGACUGAGGCAUUAUGAAGACAUUUCAAUCUGUUUUUAAUCACUGGGGAAACAUUGUCGUAUUAUGGGAUUAUAAUUUAUGUCCCUCUGGAUUCCUGUGUUUCGCUGACGGGGUUUGUUAUUUUUAGUGCCAUGAGUCCAACCGUUUCAAGAGGACCUGCUGAAAACAUUCAGUCUUGUGGUUAAAGUUUGUUAAACAAACUAAUUCAUGUAAUUUAAAGUUUGUAAAUGUACAGAGAUUAUGUAACUAUUAA